UCGCAAUAAGGCCGAAUAAAUUUUACAAUUUGAAUGGAAAACAGUAACGAUUUUUUUUAUGGAGUGAUGCAUCUUAAUAUACAAAAGUACUUAUUCACGAGGGGUGACAAAAAGUAGUAGUAAUUGAUGAAAAUACAUGAAACAUGGUUUAACAAAUCAAAUAAAUAGAAGUCUUAACUACAUUUAGUGUUUAUAUCAUUUCAAGAGUUUCUUGAACAUGAAAUACUUCCUAGAGCCCUGCGGGAAAAGAGAAGACGUUGUAGGCCAAAUCAUCCAGUCGCAGUAAUUUCAACCGGCAACAUUUUCAUACAAAGUUUCUCAGGGAGAAAACGUUGAAUUCUGUCAUAUGAAAUCCCUUGGACUUCAGUUUAAUGUCUAACUAUUGGAACUCUUUUGCCUACUCAAAGCUUACCGUUCUACUUCUAAGAAUGUAGGUUUGCCUCAGCUUAUACGGCGGACUAUGCUUUUUAGAGCAGGUCUUGCUUGGUCCGCAACUAGUUAUAGCACUCUCACCAUCGGCGACCGUCAGAAACUGGGCACUAGGAGGCUGCGAGUGAUAAAGAGAGAGCCCAAUUUUGACAUUUCAUUUAGAGACGAAGUUGAAAGUUCACGUUGGGAACAUUUAUCUACAGGUCGUGUUUUUUUGUCCCGUUUGAUAGAGUUAAAGAAAAAGAAAAAAAACAUAAAAAUAUAUCAGGGCUGUUCAGGGUAUUGUGCACAUGUUCGUAAGACCACGGAGCGUGCUUACAUUGGUAUCCCUUCAGUAACCACUGAUGAGAUCCUUAGAGAAGGCAUAAACCUAACUCUAAAAACUCCAGAGCCCGAUGGUAUCCCGAAUACUCUUAUAUGGAGUUAAAAUCUGGAUGGAUGCAUUUAGACCAGUGAUGCACACGGGAGUCUCCGGGAGCUACUCGGCUCGGACCAAUGGGGUGGGUAGGUUUAAUACGAAACCAACAACAGGUGGGUGGAAUCAUAUGAGGGGUAACGGACUUAAAGCUUCCUGCUCAAACUGUCCCCUACCCCUCCACGUGAAAUACAUAACAGUGGUACUUGCGGGAUCGGUACAUCGACGGUAGGAGGUUUAUUGGGCUAGAGUCUCACAAUGGCGGUACUUGCGCUCAGGCAUUCGUUGCUUCCUCCUCUGAAAAAAAAAAAACAUUGUCUUGCCUGAGAACUUUGCGAGAUAGCACGGGCUCCAAAAUUAGAUGACAAAGCAUAUUUGGUACGGUUUCAGUUAAAUGAGAUUUUGACUUUUCUUCUGUUUAUCGUGGAUCACCCCACGUAAAUAUAAAUGUCACAUAAUUCUUUUAUUUACUCAACAAAUAGAUAUUUGCUUUGUUUAUUGCCUUACCCUCCGGAUACCUAGCCGCCAAACCAAAUUUGCACUUCACUCAACCACAUCAGCUUAUCAAUUUAGUAUGAAUUAAUAGCGAAACGCUUAUUUCAAUGGCAUCUAACUUUCACAACUACAUAAUUACAUUCGACGUUAUCUUUGAAGUACAUGCUUCCCUACAUACAUACAUACAUUCAUCUCAGAUAUUAAACAGGAGCUAAUCUAACGCCGAUUUCAUUUAUAAAAUAUGUAUGUACAUAUCCAGAGGUGCUCGCAUAGAUAAAAAAAAAACACUGGUAGCAUCUAAAUUGCUUUAUAUAUAUUAAAAACCAUUGUUGAUUAUGUGAACAAAGUCAAACGAAAUGGAGGCGUCACAGUGUGAGGUACCGGAGAUCUACAAGAAGGCAUCGCAAGAGAGUUUGCCGGCCUUGAAGCAGCAUGAAGAACAAGAAUUAGUCCACAAAAGUUUGCGCAAUGAAGGACGAUGGACGAAACAACUCGCCUUUGUUGCUUUUGGAUCGACAAUCGGUGCGGCUGUGCCGAGUGGUUACUUUGUUGGUGUAAUGAAUAGUCCUGCUGAGUUUAUGCGAAGUUGGUGUAAUCAAACGCUGAUAGAACGUUAUGACUGGCACCUGACUGAGACGGGCAUCAAUAUUUUGUGGUCGACGAUUGUUUCAAUUUUUCUUGUGGGCGGCGCGAUAGGAUCGCUAACGGGAGCCAAAGUGGCCAACAGAUUUGGAAGACGAAGCAGUUUCCUUUCAUGUGGUGGUCUCUUUAUCAUAGGAGCUGUACUCCUCUACACCUGCCGCAUGUUGCACUCUGUGGAGGCUCUUAUCCUUGCCCGUUUUCUGGUUGGUUUGGCAGCAGGUUUAGUCGUUGCUUGCCUACCCAUGUAUCUUGCCGAAGUGGCGCCACUUUCCAUGCGAGGUGUAUUGGGCGUCUUUUGUCCAAUGGGACUAACAGCUGGUGUUGUAGUAGCACAAAUUUUAAGUUUACGUAGCGUUUUCGGCAACGCUGAACAAUGGCAUUUGGCAAUGAGCCUCUAUGUUGUACUGGUCUUGAUUUGCUAUGCACCAAUGGCUUACUAUCCCGAGAGUCCGAAAUGGUUAUACGUUAUUAAAGGAGAUGAGAAAGGCGCGCGGAGGCAAUUGAAAGCAUUACGCGGAGAUGUUAGCGAAGCUUCUAUAAAUAGGGAAAUGGCUGAAAUGGAAGUCGAAGCGAAUGUAAAAGACCAAGUUAGCGGAUAUGGCCCUGUGCUGGCUGACCCUAAGCUACGACUGCCAUUGAUCAUCGUUUGUGCCUACCAGGGUGGACAGCAGUUGUCGGGUAUUAACGCAAUUUUCUACUAUUCAGUAUCGAUUUUCCUCCGAGCUGGCCUAACCGCAUCUGCUGCUGAGUUGACCAAUUUGGGCGCCGGUUCUCUCAACUUGGUUGUGUCUUUAAUGGGCCCAUAUCUAAUGGGUCGCUUCAAUCGUCGUCCACUCAUGCUCUUCUCAACAUUCUGUUGUUGUAUUGCGCUAAUGGCAUUUUCACUUUUUCUGUACUUUAUCGACUACGUGCCUUGGUUUGCCAAUGGCUGCAUUAUUUGCAUCUUUCUUUACAUUUUCUUUUUCCAGUUUGGUUUGGCUCCCAUACCAUUUUUUAUUGGAUCCGAACUAUUUGAAGUGGCACCUCGACCAGUGGCCAUGUCACUUGGUAGCGUUUCUUCUUGGGUGUGUAAUUUCUCUGUGGGUAUGCUCUUUCCCAUUCUACAGGAUGCAUGGGGUUCACUCGUAUUCAUACCGUUUUCUGUUGUCUGUGCGGCGCUGUUCAUCCUAACUAAACGCUAUCUACCGGAAACAAAAGGACGUGACCCCUCACAAGUGGUGCAAUUAGUGGCGAAGGGUUUCAAAUCGAAUAUACGCGAAACCUAGUAGUUUAAGUGAACUUCUUACUUAAGUUAUAAGCUUAUAAUAUAGGCCUUAUAUGAUUAAAUUA